CUCACCAUCAAAAUGACCGCACACGCCCUUGCAAACAACACAAUUCCCGAAGCCACGAAGCCAAUUAUGAGCUCAACCGUCACCCAAGUGGACGCUGCUGUCGAUCCCAUCACCGACGGCCCCCUCUUCCCCUCCACCCUCAUUUCCCCCGAAGUGAUCUCUCUCCUGCCAACAGACUACACCAUCCGGCCCAUGCGCCGCUCGGACUACAAUCGCGGCUACCUGGACGUGUUGCGCGUGCUGACAACCGUUGGCGACAUCACCGAGGAGGCCUGGAACCAGCGGUACGACUGGAUUACCUCGCGCAAUGAUGAGUACUACAUGCUCGUGAUCUGUGAUGGUGCGGACCGCGUCGUCGGAACCGGCAGUCUGAUCGUUGAGCGCAAGUUCAUUCAUUCGCUCGGUAUGGUUGGUCACAUUGAAGACAUUGCCGUUGAGAAGAACCAGCAGGGCAAGAAGCUUGGCUUGAGAAUUAUUCAGGCUUUGGAUUUUGUUGCUGCCCAGGUUGGCUGCUACAAGAGCAUUCUUGACUGUUCCGAAGUCAAUGAGGGUUUCUAUGUCAAGUGUGGCUUCAAGCGCGCUGGCCUCGAGAUGGCGCAUUAUUACUGAGCGUUUCUUGACUCUUGUUCAUUUCCUCCCUCGUUCACGCCAGUUGUUUGAUAUAGCGUUUGGGUCAUUUGGGUCACUUAGUCCGGCGAGGCUUUGGCGAGGCGCCGUUGUUCACGAUAAACUUGCGCAAACCAUGCAAUUGUUGCAUUUGAAAGAAUGGGGUUCGGUUGCACCUGGCCCUAAUCAAUCGUGAUU